AUGUUCUUUCUGUUUUUUAUUGGCAAUGGGACUAUUGACUGGGUACAAGAGCUUCUUCAGAAAACCCAUGCUGCUUUUCUAAAUCGCAAUUUUGUUCAAGGUACACAUGAAUCUACGAUCCAGAUUCUAGCUACACCCUUUACUACAACAAUCUCAGGCUUUACUGAAAAGUGUAUUGCUUAUAUAGUUGAUAUCUUUAAUUCAUAUGGUCGUCCGCUGGAUGAUCACUGGUCUUCGGUUCAUAUGGUCACUGGCUGGAAGCUUGCUGUUAUGUUUGGUUCAUAUGGUGGUCGACUGGAAGCUCGCGGUCUGAAUGAUCUCAUUGUCUAUGGCCGGCAAUACACACUUUUCAUUACUACCAGCCAGGGGUUCACGGGCCAUCAUGAUGAUAUACUUGGUUCUUUAAAGAAGAAUGGUAAGAACUAACGAGGGUUGUCUUGUCCAAGAGCUCUGCCGCGAUGGCAUCGCCACUCCGUGAUGCCUCAACAGGAAGGCUAAUCGCGGGGAGGUGUGACAUGGGUGGCCUAAAAAGCUAAUUUGGUGCCCUCUCUCUUUGCCUCUUGUUUCCUCCAGCACCUUGAUUUUUAUGGCUAAUAUAUUGACUUUCUAAACAUCUUUAAUUUAUAAGGAAUGUAGUAGUUAUAUGCUUUUCAUUUAUGAUAGAGAGAUUGAACCUAGGUGUCUUGCUUGCUGCUUUGUAAUAUAAGCAUGAUAUUUUUCUGCCGACUUUGUGGACAGGCUAACAAUGAAAAUUUUAUCUGUAAAAUAUGGUGAUCCCUAUAGUGUUAUUUCUGAAGCUUCGCUGUGCUUGCUUUCCCCCAACAAGCAGUAAUCCAAUCACGGGUGCAUCAGGUACUAUAUCAUGUGAGAAAAUCGAACUGCUCAUUCAUAAGACAGGAUUUCCGCUCACAUUUAUCAUGCUUCGACACUCACAAAAUAAAUACUUGGGCAAUAGCUCUGUUUUA